AUGAAGCCAAUUGGAAAAGUGCUUUGUGCUAUAGGGAUUGUAGCUGGGCUCCUUGCUUUCUUCUGGAAAGACCCUUUUAACCCAGAGAGCUUGUCUGGUGCUCGCGUUCUCCUGACUGGAGCCAGUGCUGGAAUUGGAGAGCAGAUGGCAUAUCAUUAUGCCAGAUUUGGUGCUGAAAUUGUUUUGACUGCUAGAAGAGAAGCUGUGCUGCAGAAGGUGAUGGAGAAAUGCCUGACUCUUGGAGCAAAGAAAGUAUUUUAUAUCCCUGCAGAUAUGUCUUCCCCUUCAGAGCCUGAAAAGGUGGUUCAGUUUGUUGUCCAAAAGUUGGGGGGACUGGAUUACCUGGUGUUGAACCACAUUGGCAUGACCCGUUUCCAGAUGUGGACUGGAGAUGUGGAAUACACCCGCUGGCUCAUGCAGGUGAAUUUUUUCAGUUAUGUGGCACUUGCAACAGCAGCUCUUCCCACUCUGGAGAAGAAUAAUGGCUCUCUGGUGGUUGUUUCUUCCCUCACAGGGAAAAUACCCACUCCUUUCACCACUUCUUAUUCUGCCACCAAGUUUGCACUGGAUGGAUUUUUCAGCUCGCUGCGCCAUGAACUCAUCAUGCACAAGAGAAACAUCUCUAUCACACUGUGCAUCCUAGGUCUGAUUGAUACUGAUACAGCGUUAGAGAACACCAGGGGCAAGGUGCACUUGACUGCUUCUCCUGCUCCAGAAGCUGCACUCGCCAUCAUCCGAGGAGGUGCCACACGGGUGCAGGAGGUUUUCUACCCAUGGUGGCUGCAGCAUGUGUGUUGCCUCUGGGUUUUUUUCCCCAAUAACCGAGACCAGGUUUUACAGAGUUACUAUAACUACAGCAGUCCUUAA